CUCCACCCCCUGAUCCUCUGGGCGGGACCGCCCUGGAAAUAAGAUUCCAGUGCAGAGAUUUUCAGGCCCUGACAUCCCGGCAUGAAAACUCCUGAAACUUCAGAUUCACACAACUCUGUCCUGGACCACUGAAAACAGAAACCUCACAUAAAGCAGACCAUCGCCGGUGGAGCUAUUUGCAAGCAGCAUUAAAGUGAGACCUGCAGAUUUACUGGCAGAGCCUAAUAAGGUAAGAUAAAAGUAGUGGGAGUCUGGGGGGCAGGGAGAGUCUGUGGAGCAGUCUGUAGCUACUGGGAAAUGCCCAGGCAUGUGAAAAGAGGCCACAAAGUCAGAAAUGUGAUGUACAGAUAAAGAGCUCUUUGUGAAUUUCUACAAUGCAUGACUUCUUGAUGUUAGAUAAGUUUUAAAAGUGAGGAAAAAGCUGAAAAAUGUAAAAGUAAGUCACACAAAGUUAGAAAAAUACACGAGAGGACUGAUUUUAAGGGAGUUGGCUGCAGCUUAUGACCUGAUUCAACAAUGAAAUGGGGCGUAUACAUCAUAUAUCAAACUUCCCACUACUUUGUCUUAAACAAAACACUUUUUUUUUCUGAGGAAUCCACAAAAUGUUGGUGUCUUUUGUGCUCUAAGAGGAUUUUUCAUUCAUUUGGUCUCAUGUCCGGUUGAAUUAGCUGUUUGAAGUUGGCAGACUCAAAAGUCAUUCCUUUUAAAGGUCAUAACCAGACACAAAGAAGAUUUUAGCAUUGUGAAGAUGUUGAAAAAUGCAUUUAUAUUAAAGUGACCAAUGCUACUUUAAAUGUUAGUUUUAAACAAGCAUAUUAUGAUUUCAAGAUGUAAAAUUUACAUUUCUUUAAAUGCUGUUCCAAUCACAACAUCAGCAUGGAAGUAAAAUCUUCAUUCCUAGAAAUUCUGAUCCAAACAUGAAAACAGUCAUAAAAUACAACUGAAGACAAUAUUUAAAGUAUAGAACUAUGUCUCCUGAGCUUAAUCUCUCAAAAAAUGUUGUUCAUGCACGUAAAGGUCAGCUGGGGCUCAGUUCUCAUCUGAAAGCCUGUCUGAGCUUGUAAAAGCAUGUUUAGGAAGAGGCUGACAAGAUAAAAUCUGACUCUCAGGUAAACUGGAGCUUUUGAUGUAAAUUUUACUUACAGAGAUAGAUGGCUAAUAAGUCUGAUAACUUUUUUCAAAUCGUCAUAUUGUAACUUUCUAUCUCCAUCAAAGCCUUGUGCACAAAGGUGGUAUACGUGGACAGAGAGAAGCAGCUGGAAUUUCAGUGCCAGCACGUGGUAAGGUCUAGCAUGAGGAACCAAUCAGAUUCCUCCAGGCUUGUUUCUGUGCUGCAAAGAUUUAAAGAAACUCAGAAUUAGCUGACCAAUAUUUUGGCUUCGAUUCUUCCUGCAGUUGCCUACGUGGCUGUUAUGUAAUCUUACUAUGGAGGGAGAGAGCUCUAAUUUGAAUGACUCGAGUUAACUCAACUCCUGCUGCUACUAUCAUUGGAGGCCUGCAGUGUUGACCCAAAUGUGCCACGAAAGGAGUUAAAAGUGAAACAGAAGCACUGAAAACCAACAGGAUCCAGCUGAGCUUUUGUCGCUUUUCUUUUGGGUGAGUGCAGCAUAGAGGGGAUGGGGCUUAACAAGAACAAGCCAAUGCACUAUUGGUCAAUCAGUCUACUUUUUUAUACAGCACAUUUAAAGAAUCUAGUGCUCCCCAGAACACAAAAGAAAAAGAUACUUUAAAAACCAAGAUAGUAGUUAUGUAUGUAGAAUGUACUGAAUGUAAAGUAUGUACUGAUGAAAAAGUACAGUAUACAAGCUGUCAAAAAGGGACACAGACAUUAUCAUUGUUUUUUACAAAUAACUCGCUAAAAGGAGAUAUUUUGUGUUUUUGAGACAGCUGGUGAGGUUCUUGGCUGAGCUUUUUUUAAACCUAAAAUAGAAUUGGGGAAAAAAGCUGAGGGUAGUCAAGAGAAACCACACAAGUAUGCAGCUCAUGCUGGCACUUGCCUGUACUGAGUUUAAUAAAAAAACAUCUGAGAUGGAUAUUUAAAGCAUUCUCAUAAUCAGUCACAAACACACAGGCUUUCAGGACCAGGACUGUUACAGGGGAAUCUUUUUACCUAAACCAUUACCAAACACAUAAAUUACAGAUUUCCAUUACUUAUGUUCUGUCAUCUGGAAAUACUGAAACACUCUGUCCAAUCAGAAUCAAGUGUUCAUAUGAACCAUGGCAGAUGACAGACAGAUGACUGAUGCUUGUCUUUAUGUGACUUGUUUCCUCAGAACACCAAUUCAUCAUGUGGAUGAUAAAACUGGUAUCCCUGGUCCUCCUGGCCUCCUCUGCCUCAGCUGCCACCGCAGCGUCCGCAGACAAAGUCCUGAGUAACCAUGCUACCCUCCUGGCCGACAACAGCGCCAACUUAGCUUUCAGUCUCUACCAAAACAUGGCCAAGGAGAAGGGCAUUGAUAACAUCAUCAUUUCCCCAGUGGUAGUGGCCUCCUCCUUGGGUCUGGUGGCUCUUGGUGGCAAAGCCUCCACAGCCUCUCAGGUGAAAACCAUCCUGAACGCAGCAAAGGUUAAAGAUGAGCAGCUUCACUCUGGCCUUGCUGAGCUCCUGACCGAGGUGAGUGACCAGAAGACCCGCAACGUCACCUGGAAGAUCAGCAACCGCCUGUACGGACCCAGCUCGGUCAACUUUGUGGAUGAUUUUGUGAAGAGCAGCAAAAAGCAUUACAACUGUGACCACUCUAAGAUCAACUUCAGGGACAAGAAGAGCGCCCUGAACUCCAUCAACGAGUGGGCCGCCAAGUCUACUGAUGGCAAACUGCCAGAGAUCACCAAGGAUGUAGAAAAGACCGAUGGGGCGAUGAUCGUCAAUGCUAUGUUCUUCAAACGUGAGUGUGUAUAUCAAUGGCACAUGAGUAGUACUGUUUCUUUAAAUAUACUGUACCUGAAACUAAUCUGAUUUCUCCUCACAGCUCACUGGGACGAGCAGUUCCACCAUCAGAUGGUGGAUAACCGAGGAUUCAUGGUGUCUCGUGGCUUCACUGUGUCAGUAGAGAUGAUGCACCGCACAGGUAGGUGGAGACUGCACUGUUGUUAUGACCUGCAAAACCACAAGACACAAUUGAACAUCUUUUUAAAUAUGCAAGGUGUAAAUAAAGCGACUUGCUCUGCUAUGGUGGUUGAUAUGUGUCUCUGCAAUUUCUAAAUUAUGUUUGCGUAAUGUUUCUUGGUGAUUUCCACUACGGAGUCAUGUCUGUUUUUUUAAUGCAAUCGAUCAAAGUUUACAUGCACUUAAAAAAAUUUUUUUUUUCUUUAAACUGGACUUUUAAAAUGCAUGUAAACAUGUUGAAAUCGCACAUAAGUUGGACUAAUAUAUGCAACAAGAAAUAGAUUUUCUUAGUCAUGUUUACAGCUCAGUUAGACUGAAACUGGCCCAAAUGUUGUGCACAUGACCCAAGCAAACAAAUGGUACAGAGCUGUUAAAGUAAUGUCCUGUUAGCUUCUUUGCUAUCUGUUUCGACACACAGAGGUGGACAUCCUUCUGUCUAUACUGGGAUUCUUGUGCAGUUCAUGUAAACUGGGACAAAGACUAUAGUCCAGUUAAACCAUUCAAUCAAGCUUUGACUGUAGCUCGACUUAAAUGUGCAUUUAAACGUACUGAGUGUUGCCUGGGGAUCACAGCCAUCCAGCCAUCCAGUGUUGUUUCCAACUUUGUUUCUUUUGUACAUCAGAGUCGAUUCUCUGAAUCUUUUGGUGUUUUGUACUGUAGAUGAUGAAAUCCCCAAAUUCAUUGCUGUUUUACACUAAGGCUAUUACUCUGAAUUUGAUGAGCUAUUUGCUCUCAUGGUCACCCAAAGAGUGGUAACUACUUUCUCACUUUACUUCUGGGUUGCUGUAAUGCAUUUUUUUAUAUCCUCAGUAACCUUGUUAGCAAAGAGAUGUUCCUUCACUCGUGUUGUUGCGAUAAAUCAACAAGUGUGUUCUAUAUUUCUGACUUCAACUCAAAACAUAAAUUGACAUGGACUUCAGAGAUAGAGAACCAACUCAGUGAUAUGUGCCAACUCUAAGGAGGCUCCUAGAACACACAGUUGUUACUUAUAUUUAAUGUACUGAAUUCAUCCCCUCAGGUAUGUGUGGCUUCUAUGAAGAUAAAACCAAUAAACUGAACAUCCUGAGCAUGCCUCUGGCUCAUAAGAAGUCCUCCAUGGUGUUCCUCCUGCCGUACCACGUGGAACCUCUGGAGAGACUGGAGAAGUUGCUGACCAAGAAGCAGCUGAAUACAUGGAUGGGUCAACUAAAGGAGACAGCCGUCGCCAUGUCUUUGCCUAAAGUCAGCUUGGAAGUCAGUCACGACCUGCAGGUAAAAGAUGCAAGACAGGGAGGAUGACACAACUCGUCCAAAUUCCCCUUCUUGACUCCGUCUUUAAUGUUAACUCAACUUUUGUGUAUCAUUUUAGAAACAUCUGAGUGAGUUGGGCCUGACAGAAGCUGUAGACAAAGCCAAAGCUGACUUGUCUAACAUCUCUGGGAAGAAGGACCUGUACCUGUCCAGUGUGUUUCACGCCUCGGCUGUGGAGUGGGGCACUGAUGGGAAUGCCAUAGACAACAGCAUCUUUGGCACAGACAAGCUGAAAAACCCCAAACUCUUCUACGCCGACCACCCGUUCAUCUUCCUGGUGAAGGACCAGAAGACAAACUCCAUCCUGUUCAUCGGCAGGAUGGUGCGGCCAAAGGGUGAAAAGAUGAGGGAUGAAUUGUAACCUCAUGCUGAGCUGAGUGUUCAAUUAAAUUCUUGACUUUGUUUGGCAAGCCCUUUUGACAUUUCAUCAGUAGAACCAACGAGAGGAGAGUGUUUGAAAAUUCCAGGUGCAAGUCAGGUAUGUUUGAAGACCAAAGUGUUUCUCUUGAGUGGGAAGCUACAGGAGCUGUCUUCAGGUACACUCACAAGAGACAGUGAUAAGAUACAAAGCUGAAUUUAUAUGAAUGUGUUCGAUAUCAUGAAGUGUAUUUGUGUUUUUCUGCUUUUAUAAUAGGCUAAAGUUGGUUCAGCAUCUUGGCUUGAACCUCAUGUUGUUAAAUGAACCUUACUUGACUCUAUUUUUUUUUUUUACUCUGCCCUGAUGAAGACCCUGUGAGGGUCAAGUCCAUUUGGCAUUUCUCUGAGUGUUGUAAAUUUUUAAGAAAUGCCCUUGAGCGAAAUUAAGACUGUUACUGUAUCAUUGGCAUGAGUAAAGGGUGCCUGAAGACAGAUCAAGUUGCUUCCCCUAUUGACAAACUAUUUCCAAAUCAGAUUCAUACUGAUCUGAUCAUAAAACGUUAGCGUUAUGUAUGAAAGAAUUAAACCACAUUUGGUUUGUUCAUUGUUGUUUUUUAAAUAUUACUUUGGCAGCAGGUAGCUACUGCUGAAAAUAAGGCUAUACCUAGAGUGUUUUUUCAGACAAAUUUGCAGUUUUCUAACAAAUAAUUUCAGUUUUAAUAGUUUUGAUUACACACAGAGUUAUCAAAUUUGUAGCUGAAUUUUAGAUAUCUUCUUGUGAACUUGUGUUAUUUUAGUACAAAUGCAGGUUCACAGUGAUCAUUGGAGGUGAAAUGAAAUAAGUCAUUCAACUGGACAUUUCCAGAGUUUCACUGGUGACAUUGUGACUACUGAGAACAGUCAAAGUUUUACAGUUAAUAAUUUGGCUUGGAAUGACAACAAUCCAAAACCAAAUUUCAGACCUAGGUAUGUAAAUAGAAAUCUGUGACAAACCUGACCCAUCAAUAUUCAUCAACUCUGAGUGAGAACAGAGUAAAUUUGAUUCUAAAAUCGAAGUCAGAUCUUGAGAUAACGGUCUAUAUCUAUAGUUUCUUCACUGGUUGAAUGUGAAAAGGGCUUGCCAUAGGCUGUACAUGAAUGCACAACCUUUCUGCAGUGUGCAGGAGGAAAUGAGAAAUGAUUUGUUUGAUACCACUGUAGUGCAUUCCUUAAAGUCACAAACCAUUCCUCGAACCUGACUGAAGAGAUGUGUUUGAGUAUUUUGUCAUGUGUGUCAGUGAGCAAAACAUUGUGCAAGCCUUCAUUUUAGCUUGAAGACUAUUCGAUAGCACACUUUGGCUUAUGAUUUAGCAGAUCACAGACUAAAGACCAACAUUGCGCAUGAUUUUUCCAAGAAAUACCUGACAUGUAAAUGCACCAAAAACCAAACUUUUCCUGUUGUCAAACUGUUAACCUUUAUAAAAUGUUUCCGGUCGUCUUAAUUUUGAAGAGAUUUAAUGGUGCUUAUUGUUGAACUCAUUGAAAAACAUACUUCAAAUGACUAAAUACAUGUUAUGCCUGUAAAUUUCAGGAAUUUUACCCAUGUUAUGCGCUGCUUUCCACUCUAAGCCUCAUUUCUGUUGUUUUUGCUAAAUGCACUGAUCUACACUGGCAAACCAACUAAACUAUGGCUGUUUUAAGAUGAACUAUCCCUGCACCAAUGUGUGCACGAGUGAUGUAACUGUUUCAAAGUGUGAAUGGUUGUUGACUGAAAAAAAAAAAUUGCAUUUAUUUUGAAUAAACAUAAAAUAAAAUAAAAUAAAACACC